AUGGCUCAGCCUCGCGCCCUCCGCUCGCACUCGUACUCGAACCUGGACGAGGUGACGUUCACGCACCUGCACUGGGUCGUGGCGCUGGACUUCGCCGCGCAGCAGCUCAAGGGCUACGCCGAGUACACGUUCCACCACGCGGCCUCAGCCGCCUCCGCCGUCGUGGUGCUGGACACGCAUCACCUGCGCGUGUCCAAGGCCUACGCGGACGGCAAGGAGACGACCUACACUCUGGCCGAGCAGGAGCACCCGGCGUUCGGCCGCGCGCUCGUGGUGGACGUGCCCAGCCACGCCACCAAGGUGCGCGUGGACUACACGACGUCCGCCGCCUCGAGCGGCCUGCAGUGGCUCAGCAAGGAGCUCACGGCCGGCAAGACGCACCCGUACCUCUUCACCCAGUGCCAGGCUAUCCACGCGCGCACCAUCGUGCCGUGCCCCGACACGCCGGCCUGCAAGUUCACGUACUCGGCCACGGUCACGGUUCCCGACUGGUGCACGUGCCUCAUGAGCGCCAUCGCCGACCCGCAGGGCCGCAAGAACCACAACAGCGUGGACGCCACGUACCAGGUCUCGUUCCAGCAGUCAGUGCCCAUCCCGUCCUAUCUGCUGGCCAUCGUGGCCGGCAAGCUCGAGAGCGUGGACCUCGGCCCGCGCAGCCGCGUGUGGGCGGAGCCCUCCGUGGUCACGAAGGCCGCGCACGAGUUCGCGCAGACCGAGGACUUCCUCAAGCACGCGGAGGAGAUCACGGGUCAGGAGUACGUCUGGAAGAGGUACGACCUCGUGUGUCUGCCGCCCUCGUUCCCGUACGGAGGCAUGGAGAACCCGUGCUUGACGUUCGUGACCCCGACGCUGCUGGCGGGAGACCGCUCCCUCGCGGACGUCGUGGCGCACGAGAUCUCGCACUCGUGGACGGGCAACUUGGUCACGAACCGCUCGUGGACCGACUUCUGGCUUAAUGAAGGAUGGACCAUGUGGCUGGAGCGCAAGAUCCAGACGCGCAUCGCUCAGGACCCCAAGGCGUACGACCUCAAGGCGGCCAUGGGUCUGCGUGACCUUGUGGAGUCGGUGGAGGCGUUCGGACACGACCACCCGUACACGGCCUUGGUGCCCAACAUGGACGGCAUUGACCCGGACGAGGUGUUCUCGUCCAUCCCGUACGAGAAGGGUUUCAACUUCCUUCACUACCUGUCGACGGUGGUCGGCGGCCACGAAGUGUUUGACAAGUUCGCGCAGGCUUACAUCCAGGAGUUCAAGUUCAAGACUCUCACGUCGGGCGAGUUCCGUGCCUUCUUCGAGAAGUACUUCGCCGACAAGCAGGAGGCGCUUCGCAAGAUCGACUGGGAGGCGUGGUACCACUCGCCGGGUAUGCCCCCCGUUGCGAACAAGUUCGACACGACUCUGACUACCCAGGCGACGAAGCUGGGCGAGCAGAUCACGGCCAGCAGCAACCCGGACACGUGGACGAGCGUCAGCAAGAACGUGCUGAAGAAGUGGCCGGCGAGUCUCUGGAUCCUGCUGUUGGAUACGCUGUUGUUGAAGCAGGAACAGGCGAGCUUCACGCCUGCCCAUCUGGACGCCAUCGACUCCUUCACGCACCGCCACCUCACCACUACGCACAACGCGGAGCUGCGUUUCCGCUGGUACACGCUGUCGCUUCGCUCGGGUGACCUGCGCGUGCUUGACAAGACUGUGGAGAUGCUGAAGGAACAGGGCCGCAUGAAGUUUGUGCGUCCGCUGUUCCGUGAUUUGUGCACGGCUCUGGGCCCCGCUCAGGCUGAGGCGAUCUUCGCAGAUUGCAAGCACUUGUACCACCCGAUUGCUGCCAAGAUGAUCCAGCGUGACAUUGAGAACAGCAUCGCCAAGACGAAGAGCAAGAAGGUGAAGUUCGCUUCGCCCACGGCCCCGAGUGCUCUGGCUCAGUGGCUGGGUGUGUCUGACGAGAUGGUUGGCUACGCGGCUGUAGCUGCUGCUGUCGCUGCUGUGGCCCUCGUUGUCGUGUCUCGCCGGCGGUAAGCAUAGGUCCUUGCUGACACGGUAAUACACCGGAGUAUGUUAAGAGGUUAAGGACGGUGGCAGCCAGAAGGCAGCAGCACAUUAUUCGCGUCAAGUAACACCUUUUGGAGUUCUGCCACGGUAC